AAUGAAGGUCGCUCGCUCGGUUCGUUUCGUCGCUCGAUGUUUCAUUCGAUCGCCAUUUUGUAGAAGAAGUGCUUUCAACUCGUGAUACUUUUGAUUCGAUACACGGCUAUAAUCGUUUCGAUUCAAUUCAAUAUCUGUCUGAUUUUCGGCGGCAAAUUGACUAUCAGUUUAAUAUCGAUUCAAUCAUGAAGAAAUGUUCCUCAGUGGUGUGGAGAUUUUUUGAUAGGCUUGAGGAAAACAAUAGAUGUGUGGCAGUGAUGUGUAAAUUAUGUGAAACACAAUAUAAAUACUUUGGAAAUACGACGAACCUCAGGGCUCACUUGAUAAACAAGCACCCUAUACAGUGGGAACUAACGCACAAUGGAACAUUGGAUGAAACCCAUUUUAAAAUAGAUGAUGAUGAUACAAAUCAAUCGUCGUCUACCCCUAAACGAAGGAAAUAUACGCCGCGGCCUCGCAAAGAUAAAAACGUUGAUGUGUUAGAAAACACAGAUUCUGACAUAGAACAGGAAGAAGGUAAUGAGGCAACAAUAAACUUGGUGAGACAAAUGCAUGCUGGAAAUACUGACGAAGAAUGGUUGGAGGAGGACCCAUACCAGAUCACACACAUUGAAACAUAUGAACCAAAAAGAAAGAAAAUGAAGUAUAGGAAAAUAAAACGGGAAGUGGCCUCACCAACAGGGCUCCCAGGCUUCUAUGUUGCACCUAAAGCAGAAAAGACUGUUAUAUAUGAAGACCCACUGAAAAAGGAUGAAUACUCAGUAUUUGGAGAAUAUGUAGCGAAUAAACUUAGAAAGUUUAAAACUCCACGGACAAGAGGGAACUUACAGCAAUUGAUAACAACUAUUUUGUGGCAAGCUGAGUAUGGGUUGUAUGACAAUGCGGAGGCGGUUAAAAGAGUACUAAUGUACUCCGUUCAGGCUCCAGAGCCUGAGCCUGCACCUCCUAUAGAUUUUGAGACUCAAAUACAAGUACAAGAAGAAGUUGUAGAGCAUAGAGAUGAUCCAAUCCAAAGUAACGAAGUUGAUACAGAAGUAUAGUAACGGGAAUAAUUAUAUUUAGGAUAAAUUUAUGGUUAAAGAAUAUUAUAAUAAUAAAGCUUCCUUCC